UUGAUAAAUGGGCUUGCAACUACUGUCCCAAGAUGCAUCUGCCCCAAAGCCUUAUUCCACACCCUUGCUCUAUCCCUCGUACAGACCUCCGGAAAGUGUGCCUGCCAUUCCGGUUUCUAUGGGACUCGAUGCCAAUUCAAUGCUACCCGAUGCUCUGAGCCCAGCGUCGACGUGAUUCAAGUGCACGAAUACCGCGAGAAAACGACUUCCGCGUGGUUGAGGGCUGCCGCCUAUUCUGCUAUAGCCUCUCUAUCGUCAGUCUCUGCUUCUGCUGCCUCUGCCUGCCUGGGCUCAGGGUCCCGGUGUCUGCCGGGCAGCAUAGAAUGGGUCCAGGAUGACAGCAUCUUGUCGACACUGCCCUCCGGCGACCAAAACAUGCGAGUAGUGCGCCGUGAGUUCCGUUGUCACUGCGAGCCGGGUCGAGAGGGUGUCAACUGCGAGUUCGAUGUGGACGAGUGUCAGCAGGCCCCAUGUCGAAACGGUGCGUACUUUUGCUGUUGUUUUAAUCUUGUUCAAGUAUUUUUCGACGCUUGUUCUCUUUUCAAGCCCAACGAGAUUCGAAAAGGAGUCGUAAAUAUGAUGGCAACACGUUAA